CUCUGCUCCCCUUGAUUUUGCUCUUGCUAAGUGGCCAGGAUCCUGGAUCGUCCCUGGCAUGAAGAGCAGGGGGAGGGUGGAGGAGGGAGACGGCCGAAUGGAACGGAGGGAGACAUUUGGGGAGCCUUGUGGGGGCCCUGGAUCAGGAGGCCUGCCUGGGGGGGAUACCCUGGGGUCGGGACAAAGGUCCUGGACGAAGGUUCCACUUGGCAGUUCCAGACAGCAAGGGGAGCUACCCCCCCUUCCCAAAUUACACUUCUAGGUUGACAAGGCAGUGGAGCUUUGGCCAAGUUGGGGAAGAGAAAUGUGGCUAAAAGCUCAAAGCUGGGGGACUGGAUAAAAGGCAGAGCCUUGCUUUAAUCCCAGGCCUCCUCAGAUCAGACAUUUUUGUGUGUGUGUGUGUUUCUUUUUUCUGCACCUGCCUCCUGGCUAGUGAAGCCAAGUCCGCUCGUUUCAGUCAUUUGCCUUUGAUCUGACGGACUGACGAUGCGAGUUUGCAUGUUAGCCAAAUGCUUUACUAUUUCUGGGACCGCAAGGGGGAAUCAUCGAGUCAUAGAGUCGAAAGGGACCUCUGAGGGUCAUCUAGCCCAACUGCCUGCAAUGCAGGAAACGUCCCUGACAGGUGACCUCUACCUAAAAACUUCCAAGGAAGGAGAGUCCGCCCCCUUUCACCGUCAAACAGAAAGUUACUCGGAAUGCAGGAGGCAACUUCCUAUCAAAUAGGCAAAAGCUCCUGGUUGGAAGGGAGAGCCUUUCUCCUCUCUCUGGCAGCCACAUGGCAGAACCAAAAUAGCCUCUCCAAGUCAGAAAGUGAAGGGGACUCAUUUUCUCUCUCGACUCCUUUCCCUUUUGCACUGUCUGAUGAUUCCCAGGCAGCCCAAAGCAACGCUUGUCGCCUCCUCCUUCCAGGCUUAUUAUUCCUUGACGGCUUCCUGCUUGUGGGAUGAUGGAAGCUGUUCCCAAGAAGGCUCACCUGGUGCUUUCGUUAUAUGUCUUUUAAGGCACCAGGCAAAGACUUCCCUCUAUAUCCUGGCCUUUGGCCUUUAACUCUCUGUGGCCUUUUAGAAGUGGGUGGGAUGUUAAGUCGCUUUGGGUUGCCCUGGGCGAGAUGAACAAAUUUAAAGAAUAAUAUUUGUUGGCAUUUGCCUGUCUUGAAAGACAAUGGAGUGCACCUCUGGGGGUGAAGUCAAACCGCUGUGCUGGCAGCACUGGAGUGACCUCCUUGGGGUGCAAGCCCGGGCAGUGUGUCUGGAGGUCCUGGGGCUGCCCAGAUGACAAGACUCCCCCCCCCUUGGCCUCCCUCAUAUGGUCCAAAGAAAAGCAGAGGAAGAUGUUGGGCACUAGCUUGGCUGUCAGAGUGGCCAGAAGGAGGCAUUCAAGGCACCAUCCAACCACCUUAGGGAUGCUGCUCCAGAUUUGUGUUGGGCUUGCCCCUGAAGCCUUUCUUCUGAAGAAAUCCCACAAGGCAGCAGAGGUUUAGGGUCAGAAAUGUCCCUGCCUAAAGAAGUGUAACGUGUAUCAUUUCUCUGGCAGAGAUCCCCACAGCUCUAAGCAGCCGGUAGGUCCUGCUUAUACAGCCUCCACUCCUACUUAUUUUUUAAUUGACCUGGAUUUCUGGCCUGCUGGGUUUUGGUUCUGCCAAAAUUAUAGUCUUACCGCAGCAAGCAGAACAGAAUAUUUGCUGGAGCUGCCGGUGUUCGAAAUGCUUGGAAGGACAUCUUGGAAAGUGCAUGAGAGUCUCCUUUCGGCAAAAUGAUGUGCAAAACGGAAAAUUAAAAAUAGAUUGGGUGACGCGGCCAAAGCUGGAGCCGACCCUGGACAGUGGUGCAAUCUCCAAAAAAGGAGACAUUCCACGAUGCUCCCAGGCAGAUGUCGCUCAACUAGAUAAUUUAUUAUUUCUUCAUCCUAAUACGUAUGAGAGAUGCAGCAAGGCUAUACCAAGGAAUGAAACAAUUUAUCAAAACAUUUCAAAUGGAGUAUUUUUUUUAUUUUAAAAAAACCACUGACAGAAGUAGAAUCUCUCAUUUACUCUAUCGAGCAUCACAAAAACCGUUCCUGUUCAUCGCAGAGACCGUUAACCAUUUCCCUCUGAGCUGCUGACUGACUGAGCUCACUUGGGGAAUGGCUUGGGCUGGUUUGUGUGAAUAAAGGGAAUGAGUUUUGUUCUUUGGAAUGGAAGAUUUAAAAUGUAGUUUGGCUCUUAAGCAAAUGGAUUGUUUUUACACUGCCCAAAGCAGUGGACAAGCCCAAAGCAGUGGACGUCUCAUAAAGAUAUCUAAAAUAUACCUCCUCUUAAUUCAACUACCAAUCAAAACUAAUCUUCAGACUAAAGACAUUUGCUUUGCUUUUCUCUCUUGCAAGAGGCCUUUUUAGUUCAGGGUGUCCUCUCAGGCAAUACUUUUCAAAUCAACUAUACACUGCUAGCCCCCCCCCCCCCGGGUAGCAGGGCAUUACCCAUUGUGAGAGGCUGUGCAGUCUUUUGUAAGACUUGGGCUUCUUUUCUGAUAUGCACAAGGCACAACCAAAACUGUUGCCCCUCCCAGCUCAUCUCCAACACUCUCAAUGCUGCGAGGCUCCUCAGCCCCCCCCUCUCUGCCCCUUUCUUCUAAGAGUCCAGUUUUCUAGGGCUUAAAGCCUGGCUUGAUUUUUAAUAUGCUAAAUCCAGUGUCUGGUACCCAGGAAUUGGGGGGGGGGUGUCCAAGCAAAUUCAUAGCAAUAUUUUUAGCAGGCCUUGGGAAAUAGUACUGGCUGCAUCCCUCUUGCUACUGUCGGGGGUCAAGGACCAGCUCUCCCCGGGCAUCCUUGCACUCUUGCCCUGCUGUUGAAGGUGUGUGUCCUAGCCUGCUUCCCAUCAUGUGUCCGGAAUGUGGUUUGCAAUCCCUUCCAGAAGCAGAGCAAAGCAAGACCUUCUGGACAGGUCUGGUGCCGGCCUCUUCACGGUCUCUGGGGGCUUCCCUCCCUCCCUGCUGGAGCUGAGCAGGGCUAGCUAGUUGCCACCACGUCCUCAAGCGCCAUUAACGGCAACAUCGCGGCCGUUGUGCAAAUCUGUUUCAGGCCCCAGCUGCCUAUUCUUCCCCCUCUCUCUGUUUCUGCAGAGGAACAAUCCCUGCGCACUGGAGGGGAACAGUAUGGCCUUUAAUUGCUGGGCUCUCCUGUUACUGCAGGCGGUUGUCUCGGAAGGGGUGGCAGACGCCUGGUUGUCUCUGGUUACUUGGCACCUCUCUGGGCAGGAACUCCAGAGCAGACUGCUGAAAGGACCUGCUGGGAUGCCGCUCUUCGGAUUGGGGCCUGGCCAGAAGAAGCGGCUGGAAGAGCAUGAGAGGCACCUUCGCGCCAACGAUCGAGCCUUCAACCUCCAGUUUGAAUAUGCCAGAAACUCCAUCCAAACCUCCAAGUACAAUGUCUUCACCUUCCUGCCUCUCAACCUGUUUGAGCAGUUCCAGCGUGUGGCCAACGCUUACUUCCUCUUCCUCCUCAUCCUGCAGCUCAUCCCUGAGAUUUCUUCCCUCUCCUGGUUCACCACGGUGGUCCCCCUCAUCUUGGUGCUGGCCGUGUCGGCAGCAAAGGACGCCAUCGAUGACGUGAAUCGACAUGCAAACGACAAGCAAGUCAACAACCGUCCUGUCAAGGUGCUGAUGAAUGGCAGCCUGAAGGAUGAUCUGUGGCUGAAUGUUGAAGUUGGGGACAUAAUCAAGUUGGAGAACAACAACUUUGUGACUGCAGACGUGCUGUUGCUCUCCAGCAGUGAGCCCCACAGCCUGACCUACAUUGAGACGGCCGAGCUGGAUGGGGAAACCAACCUGAAAGUGAAGCAAGCCUUGACGGUCACGGCUGAGCUGGGAGAGGACCUGCAGGCCCUGAGCAGCUUCGAUGGCGAGAUCAAGUGUGAAGCGCCAAACAACAAGCUGGACAAGUUUCUGGGGACCCUCCUCUUCAAGGGGGAGAAGUACGCCCUGGACAACGAGAAGAUGCUGCUAAGGGGCUGCACCAUUCGCAACACAGACUGGUGCUUCGGACUGGUCAUCUUCGCAGGGCCAGACACCAAGUUGAUGCAGAACUGUGGAAGAACCACAUUCAAAAGGACAAGCAUCGAUCGCCUGAUGAACUUCUUGGUGCUGGUGAUCUUUGUUCUUCUGGCCGCCAUGUGCUCUGUGCUGGCCAUUGGCAAUAGCCUCUGGGAGUACAGGAUGGGCUCUGCCUUCCAGGUCUACCUGCCCUGGCCGCACGACGUCCACUCAGCCUUCUAUUCCGCCUUCCUCAUGUUCUGGUCCUACGUCAUCAUCCUCAACACGGUGGUGCCCAUCUCCCUCUAUGUCAGCGUAGAGAUAAUCCGCUUGGGCAACAGCUUCUACAUCGACUGGGACCGCAAGAUGUACUACCCGGUUAAUGACACUCCUGCCCAGGCCCGGACCACCACCCUCAACGAGGAGCUGGGACAGAUCAAGUACAUCUUCUCCGACAAGACGGGGACCCUCACCCAGAACAUCAUGGUCUUCAACAAGUGCUGCAUCAACGGGAAGAUCUAUGGGGAUGUCUAUGACUUGGAAGGACAACGGGUGGAGAUUUCGGAGAGUACCCCAAAAGUUGAUUUCUCAUACAACUCCCUCGCUGACGCCAAGUUCUCUUUCUACGACCAAAGCCUGGUUGAAGAAGUGAAGGCGGGAGAUGUCAUCACCCACAAGUUUUUCCGCCUUCUUUCUCUCUGCCACACGGUGAUGCCAGAAGAGAAGAAGCAAGGUGAGCUGGUGUACCAGGCUCAGUCUCCGGACGAGGGAGCCCUGGUGACAGCCGCCCGAAACUUUGGCUUCGUCUUCCGCGCCCGGACCCCAGAGACCAUCACUGUGGUGGAAAUGGGGAAGACGAUCGUCUAUAAGCUCCUUGCCAUCCUGGAUUUCAACAAUGUGCGCAAGCGGAUGUCUGUCAUUGUGCAGCGCCCCGACGGCAGGGUGACCCUGUACUGCAAGGGGGCGGACACGAUCCUGUACGAACUCCUGCACCCUUCCUGUGCACCUCUUAAGGAGGAGACUACCGAGUACCUGGAAGAGUUUGCUGGGGAAGGUCUCCGGACCCUGGUCGUGGCCUACAAGGACCUGGAGAGAAAGUCCUUUGCCAACUGGCAGAGGCGUCACCACGAAGCCAGCACAGCCCUGCAGGACCGAGAGGAGAAGCUGUCUGAGCUGUACGAAGAAAUCGAGAAAGACCUAAUAUUACUUGGUGCCACGGCCAUUGAGGACAAGUUACAAGACGGUGUCCCACAGACCAUUGAGACCUUGGGGAAAGCGCAGAUUAAAAUCUGGGUGCUCACUGGAGACAAGCAAGAGACGGCCGUGAACAUCGGCUACUCCUGCAACAUGCUCUACGACGACAUGAAGGACAUCUUCUUCAUCCAAGGGGACACCUUUGAGGAAGUGCGCGAUGAACUCAGGAAAGCGAGGAAGAUGAUGACGCAGGAGGCCGUCAUGGAUGACGAUGAGCUGGACACCCAAGUCAAGAAGUCCGGCAACUGCAAGGUCUUGCCGGAGGAACAGCCCAACGGGGAAUACGGCCUGGUCAUUAAUGGGCACAGCCUGGCCUAUGCUCAGGAGGGGGAGCUGGAGCUGGAGCUGGUGCGGACGGCCUGCCUCUGCAAGGUGGUGAUCUGCUGCCGGGUGACGCCUCUGCAGAAGGCGCAGGUGGUGGAGCUGGUGAAGAAGUACAAGAACGCCGUCACGCUGGCCAUUGGGGACGGGGCCAACGACGUCAGCAUGAUCAAGGCCGCCCACAUUGGCGUUGGCAUCAGCGGCCAGGAGGGCAUGCAGGCCGUGCUGUCCAGCGACUUCUCCUUUGCGCAGUUCCGCUACCUGCAGCGGCUGCUGCUGGUCCACGGGCGCUGGUCGUACAUCCGCAUGUGCAAGUUCCUGGCCUACUUCUUCUACAAGAACUUCGCCUUCACGCUGGUCCACUUCUGGUACGGCUUCUUCUCCGGAUUCUCCGCACAGACGGUGUAUGACGAAUGGUUCAUCACUCUUUACAACAUGGUGUACACCUCCUUGCCUGUCCUGGGAAUGAGCCUCUUUGACCAGGACGUGGAUGACCGCUGGAGCCUGCAAUUCCCGCAGCUCUACAUGCCUGGCCAGCAGAACCUCUAUUUCAACAAGAAGGAGUUUGUCAAGUGUGUCCUCUACAGUGUCUACAGCUCCCUGGUGCUCUUCUUCAUCCCCUACGGCACCCUCUUUGACUCCCUGAGGAGCGACGGGAAGGCCAUUGCGGACUACCAGUCCUUUGCACUCAUGGCCCAGACCUGCCUGCUCAUUGUGGUCUCUGUCCAGAUGGGACUGGACACUGCCUACUGGACGGCCGUCAACCAGCUCUUCAUCUGGGGCAGCCUGGCCAUGUACUUUGCCAUCACCUUCACCAUGUACAGCGACGGCACCUACCUCAUCUUCACCGGCUCCUUCCCCUUUGUUGGCUCGGCUCGGAACACCUUGAACCAGCCCAAUGUCUGGCUUUCCAUCUUCCUCUGCGUCACCCUCUGCGUCCUCCCCGUCGUCGGCUUCCGGUUCCUGAAGGUGCAGCUCAAGCCCACCAUCAGCGACCAGGUCUUGAACAUGGUGAAGCGGCUGCAGAAGGGGCAGCUGCCUCCGUCCCCCAAGCGGCGCCUGCAGCGCAAGGCCUCCCGGCGCUCCGGCUACGCCUUCUCCCACCAGUACGGCUUCGGGGCCCUCAUCACCUCAGGAAGGAACAUGCACCCCUUCGGCGUCACCAGGUCCUUCUCCCCCAACAGCGAGAAGUACAGGCUGAAGUGAGGCGGAGGGGUGAGGGUGCUCCUUGAACCUUCCCAGGGACAGGCAGAGCUGACAGGACAGCCUGGGUAAAGGGGGCCCUCUUUUUCUGUGGGCCCCAGGCCCCCAGGGGCCAGACUGUUUGGUCCUGGGGAGCGAGAGAGGAGAUUGGGCACCACGCGGAGCUCCCUGGAGGAGGAAGGGGGUCCCCAGGGGAGAGAAGGAAGAGGGGACCCCCCCCCCGAGGUCCCUCCAUCACAGCCGUUUCCAGGUCCCUUCUCCUCUCGCCAUCCACGUUUAUCUGGAGACAUCCAUGGACCCCUGAAGCUCUUCCAGAAGUGGCGGGCCCAAUCCGCCCAGAACCACCGGGGGGGGCGGGCUUGGCAGGUAACAGGUGAUGGCAGUUCGGUGAGGCCAUGGAAGGCUGCCAUUUCCAGCGUGGUGACCGGCUGCUCAGCCCCAGAGGAUUCCCAGGGGCCAUUCUGGGAGCAGGAAGCGUGGAUUUGGCAGAGCGUGGAGGGGCCCUAUCGGGACGCCCCCCAGAGACUCGAGAGCCCCCCACGGCCGGGAGCCCGGAUACAGUUCGGGGUGGAGAUUGCUGUCCCAUGUGGCUGAAUAGGCAAAGCACUGAUAGGGCUGGUCUAGUCUUCCCCCUGUGUGGCCAGGAUGAUGCCCUUCCUCGGUUCCAAGGAUGGCAUGGGGAAAGGCGCGGCUGGGGCCUCUUGGUGCUCCCCGUGGGUCCCGGCUAGUCUUCCCAAAGCACCUUAUCAGUGGGGGCGGGGGGGAUGAUGCUGCCUGGCCAGGAUAAGUCCCCCCCCCCGCCUUGGGACUUUGUGGCUGCCCGGGGCAGGAAGGCCCCUGGCACUGGUGGCCCUUGCCCCAUGGCAAAGCGGGGCUCAUGCUGGGUGGGUGGGUGGUGCUCAGGGAAGGGCAGAACCGGCCCUGUCCUGGUUGGGUCCCUCACAGGGCUCCAGAUUGUGGGGAGGGGGGGUCCCUGGCCACCUUUGCACUGCUCUAGGUGGGAGGGGAACAGGUGAGGCUGUAGGAUGCCCCACAGAGUUUGGCCUUCCGUUUGUACAACCCUUUGUAAUAAAACAGCAAAUGAAAAGG